AUGACGGUGGUGGUGGUGAUUGAUGACGGUGACUGUAGCGGUGAUGGUGGCGCUAUCGUUUCUUACCAACAGCACAUCUCCUCUCAGAUUUGGGCUUUACCUUUUUUCUUCCCGAAAGUGAUGGUGAUGAUGGUGAAGAUGAUGACGAUAACACCGGUGAUGAAUAGCGUAAUCGGUUUAUUGAUAAACAGUGUUAUCGUGUAA